CUCGUUCGCUCUCUCUCAUCGUCUCUUCUCUGUGUCUUCGUCUAUACCUCUCUCCCUCUCUCUCUCUCUCUCUCUAUAUCAAUUUUUUUUGUUUUACCAGUUUGACCACGGAGUUGGAUUCCUAAGAUUAGUCUCAAGCCCAAGAAGUUGCAGAGCAGGAAGCCAGAAAACAGAGCUCUUCUUCCCCUUCUCUGUUGCUUCUUCAUCUUCUUCUUCAUCAUCGCCAUUGCACCAUCUCGGUCUUCUUCAGAAUUUUUUUUUUAAUUUUUGACUGAAGAAAUCCCAGAAUUAGUCAGUGCAUUUCAGUUCUGAAGUAAAGAUGACAAAGCAGAAUGUGGUCAUCUCCGACCCAAACGCUGCAAUUAACACUUCGAUUACUGUCGCCGUCUCCAACCCUUGUUCCCUGCGUCUGUUACCGUCGUCUGCGACACAGAAGCCACCAACAGCUCCCGGGACUAAAAACCGCAUUUCAAAGAAAAAGCUUCAGGAGCUUGAAAUAGCGACAGGACCCAGAAUCAAUACAUGGGUUGAUUCCAUGAGAGCUUCCUCUCCUACUCAUACCAAGUCCACGGCUUCUUUUCCGGAGACUGAAGAACAUGGUUCUUGGAUGCUUCAUCACCCAUCUGCUUUAAACAUGUUCGAGCAAAUUAUAACUGCUUCAAAGGGGAAACAAAUGGUUAUGUUCUUAGACUACGAUGGUACCCUUUCGCCGAUCGUCGAGGACCCUGAUCGAGCUUUCAUGUCUGACGCGAUGAGGGCGGCUGUUAGGGACGUUGCCAGAUUAUUUCCCACUGCGAUCGUGAGUGGGCGGGGUAGAGACAAUGUGUAUAACUUUGUACGAUUAGCAGAGCUGUACUAUGCUGGUAGCCAUGGAAUGGAUAUUAAAGCACCAGCCAAAGGUCGCAAAUACAAGAAAGGUAAAGAAGCAGUUCUUUUCCAGCCUGCAAGUGAAUUUUUACCCAUGAUCGAUGAGGUUUAUAAAACAUUAGAUGAGAAAACAAAAUCCAUAGCAGGGGUAAAAGUUGAGAACCACAAGUUUUGUGCGUCGGUGCACUUCCGGUGUGUUGAUGAAAAGAGAUGGAGGGAACUUGCAGAACUGGUUGGGUCAGUGCUCAAGGAUUACCCAAAGCUUCGACUGACUCAAGGGAGGAUGGUUCUAGAGAUCCGUCCUACCAUUAAGUGGGACAAGGGGAAGGCACUUGAAUUUUUAUUAGAGUCACUUGGUUUUGCAAAUUGCAAAGAUGUUUUGCCAGUUUACAUUGGUGAUGAUAGAACAGAUGAAGAUGCAUUCAAGGUUUUGAAGGAUAGAGGACAAGGGUUUGGCAUUCUUGUCUCCAAAACCCCAAAGGACACAAAUGCCUCUUAUUCCCUUGAGGAGCCCUCUGAGGUUAUGGACUUUUUGCUCCGUUUGGUAGAGUGGAAGAGACUCAACCUAAGAGGAAACUCAAAGGUGUAAAUAAAUACAAGAAGAUUGGCCACCCCAAGAGAGAAAAAAAAAGAGACCCAGGGUGAUAUUACAAGUAGAUAAAGACAGUAAAUAGUAUGUUACUUUCUUUGUUCAUAGAAAGAAAGGGAGAAGAAAAAAAAAAAAAAGAAGGAAGAAAGAGAAGAGAUUAGGAAACCCUUUCUUCUAGGCUUUGCAGUUCUUGUAAGUACUUUUAUGUACAAGGAAGAGAUGAAGAUGUAUUUUGCAAUCUCUCUCUCCCCCUCUUGUGGACCUUGUUUUAAGUAAUUAAUGGAAGUCAACCAUUACUGCAA